AUGGAAGAUUACAAUGACUACGAUAUUAUAAUAAUAGGAGGAGGAUUAAGUGGUCUUAUUUGCGCGUACAAUAUCCUGAAGAGAAAAGCUGGGUUAGAAGUAUUAAUUAUCGAGGCAAAUAAAGAAGUAGGCGGCCGAAUACUUCCAGAUUAUAGUGAUACGUAUUAUGCUAGUUCAUUGCAAGAACAUAUAACUGACUUGACAAACCAGUUCCAUGUAAUCACUAAUGAAGGAGAAAAUAUUGAUGUUAAGAAAAGAAUACUGUACACAAAGUACGGUCCAUCCAAAAAGUUACCUAGAUUUUAUGGAGCAGAAGUUCAUCACUUUCUUCAACUGGUUGAGAAAAAUUCAUUGGACCCGAGAUUUAAUAGUUAUACUAAACAUGAAGACGCAAAGCAUCUCGCAGAAACAUCUGUUGCACAGUUGUUACGUAGACUGAAUGGCAUGAUCAAAAUUGUACACGUAUUACUGAACGAAAUUUUGCGUCUCGGUGGAAAAAUAAGAUACGUAGAACCUGUUAAAAAAGUUCGGUUCAACGACGAUCGAGCGUAUGUAGAAACAGCGAAAAAUCGCUUCAAAUGUGAACUCGCAGUUUUAGCGGUACCACCGCCAAUAGAAAAUAUCAUCAUCGAAUCACCGCCAGAAUAUUUGUUAAACACUCAUAAUCUAUAUGCCUCGGGUGAAAAUACAGUUUUCAAAAUCGCUUAUAGAAUACCAUUGUGGAAUGAUCACGCAAAAGAUAUUGUAACUACGUGGGACCUCAAUAGCAACCUUAACAUCGCUUACGAUGCAACGCAUACUGGCACAAAUGCAUUCGUGCUCUCUGGAUUUCUUGCGCAAUCGAAUUCUUCUGCGCCUCACACAGAGGAACUUUUUGAAACCCUAAAUAAAUGCUUUGACACCACUGAAGCAGAAAAAUACAUUCAGUUUAAAGUAUGGAAUCCAGAUUUAUCAGAUGAACAAGGGAUGAUUAGUAGUCCUAUGAGUGUUAUGAAGCCAACUUCCAUCGUCAAUCAUACCAGACAUACAAAUACUUCCAAUGGAAGGAAAUCAAGAAGGACGAAGCAACAGACCUUUUUCAAGUUGCACGCUAUUCAGUACCUAGGAUUGGCUCUCAAUGCUGCUGUUUUCUUUUCAUUUCUGAAUGCCGCCUACAAUCAUAAUUAA